UAGUGAGGGCUUCCUUGGUUCCCUUCAGCCUGAUUUCUUGUAUGUUGGCUGACUGUACAAUUGGGUGUAUGUAGUGGUGGUGUCCGAUUCAGUUUCGAGGACGGAAAAACGGACGGAGGGGCCCGUGUCUCCAUUUCGGCUCGACUGGAUUGACUGUCAGCCCGUGAAUUUGGGUGGGGUGAAUCCUCAUUGAGCUCGCCACUGUUGGGUGGCAACUUCCACGGGCAGGUUCCCGGCUUGGUCCGGCUCUGGGAGCCCGAUCGGUGGUCGUUCCUGGUCGUGGGGAUUGGAUUGGACGGUCAUCAUGACGUUGAGCACGGAAGAGCGCGAGAAGAAGGCCAAAGAGGUCAAGAGCCUCAUUCGCUCCCUUCUCAUCUCGUCCAAGCACGGCGUGCCAUUACAGCAAAUUCAACGUGAUUACCGCGAGAUUAUCGGCACCAAUAUCCCAUUCCGAGAUUUGGGCCAUGCCACUUUGGAGGAGUUCCUGGACCACGCCCCUGACACGUGUCGGGUGGCCCGCACUGCCCAAGGAUAUGUUCUGCAUGGCGUGGCCACCUCCGAAACGGCUCACAUUGCGGCCUUGGUGGCCAAACAGGCGCCCAAGAAGCGCAAGAACAAACCCAUCAUGAUGCCCGGCCGCCGGCCUCAAUCCCGGGGUAUGUGGCAUCCCACACCCUUUGUGGCGCGGGGCGGAGGUGCUCGCGGCGGACGCGGUGGGUUCCGAGGCGUAGGCGGGUGGGUACAUCCGCAUCAACGCUUGAGCACCUUGCCUCAGAACCAGGUCAGUUUUAACGGGGGUGGCUUUUACGGCGGGCGUAGCCCUCAAGUGCCUAGUCAGUACCGCGGUGGGCGACAGCGCGGCGGCGGUGUCACGGGCGGCUCCCUGCGACCCGUGAAUGAGUUUAACCACGCCCGACUCACCCACGCCUUCAACCAGAGUCCACCUAAUAUGAACAACAAUAAUAGUGGCAGCCACAACAAUACUAAUAGUAACAAUAUCAACAACAACGUGAAUACCAGCAACAACCAUUUCAACCGAACCGGAGGCCGUGGUGGCGGCGCUGGACAGACGAAUCGGGCCUCGACCAAGAGCAAUAACAAUCACGGCGCCCUCAACGGCGGCAGUCAUCCCCCAUUAGUCUCCCCGCCGUCCAAGUUCAAGCCCGUCUUGGAACAAGUCAUGGGACAAUUGGAAUUCAAGACCUCGCCUAUUGGGAAGAAGCACAUAUCGACCGUGGUCCUCUCGAACGGACGGCGCUUCCAGACCUACCCACACGAGUAUCCCACGCCCGAAAUGGCCGAGGAUGCGGCCUGCGAAGUGGCCUUACGCCAACUCAACCUGUCGCUGCCAGGAUCCGCCGCUGGAUUGGCGGGUCGGGAGAAUGGCGGGCCGGCGCUAGAAGCCAUCACGUCAAGUGUGCCGAAAGCGUCGGUGUCCGCUUCGGCCAAGUCGGAUUGGGACAAUUUCUCCAUAACCGAGAGUCUGAAUCAACAGAUCUUGGCCUUGUUGAACGGUCGAACCAACGGGGUGUGGUCCACUCAGAUUGACGUCGAGUACGAAGAGAAGUACAAGAAGGUCCUACCCCCGGAUUGGCGGCAGUUGUUGGAAAAAUACAUCGAGAAUCAUUCAGAGUGUCCCCUACGUGUGGAUUCACCCAUUAGCAACAGAUAUAUUAUUCUUCCCAAUCUGAACCGCGAGGCCACGAAUUCCAAUCCAAGUCCCAUAAGUAACGGCAGCCAUGUCGAACCCAAAAUCAUCUCCACCCAAUCGCCACCUUCUUCCACUACCAAUGGGCUUCCUGCGAAUUCUGCAUCAACGAGUAGUUCGCCACCAGUGUCACCCCCGGCCAAUCGGCCUCACAAUGAGGACCGGCCUCAGCAGCAGCCCCCCAAAAUUAAACUUCCUGUGGAUCAAUAUUGGGAUGUCUACAUUACCAACGUCAACUCCACGGUCAAUGUCUUCCUCCGCCUCUUGGGCAAAGAUUACUCGGAAAUGUUCGACUCCUUAGUCACCGAUAUGGAGUUGUAUUAUUACAAUGACAUGGUCAUCCCCAAAGUCUUGAAGCCCGAGAUUGGUCGAUUGUACGUGGCCAAUGUUGACGGUGACCUUCAUCGUGUUGAAGUGUGCGGAAUCCAAGGCAUCUACGUCACUUGCUUCUACAUCGACUUUGGCGGCAGUGAAGUGAUUUUGAUCGAAGCCCUGCGAGAAUUGGCGCCUCAAUUUCUCGAGUUGCCUGCUCAAGCCAUUUCCGUUCAGCUCUAUGGCUUAGAGCAUCUGGCCGAGAAUUCAAGUGCCUCGGUUGAGGUGGCCAAUACUCUCCAGACCAAGUCUUUGGUGGGCCAAGUGGUCGAUCCGGGUCGUGAGGGUCCCAUUUCACUCAUCCUGCAUGACACAUCAGCAGAUCAAGACGUGAAUUUAAACAAAGAGCUCUCAACCAGAUUCAACGAUGAGCCUCCUGAGCUCGAUCUAUCCUCGGGUCCGUCGAGUUUAGGAACGGGAUCCGGAUUGGGUGAUCAUCUGCUGCCCGCUGAUUUGGCCUCGCUCAAAGAACUGGUGCAGGCAGAUGUGCCCGGAGUAGGGCAAUACUUUGACAUCUCCGUGUCCAUGGCCGCCAAUCCGAAUUAUUUUGUGGUCCAACCUUGGCGACAAGGCAACGAUCUACAGCAACUUCAGGCCGAUAUCAACGUGUUCUACGAGAAUGCCAAGAAUCGUCGUCCUGUGACCGGCGAGGACCUAAAGCAGGACAAAUACUUCGUUGCCCUUCAUAGUGACAAAUGUUGGUACCGCAUCCGGAUCAAUUCCAUGUUGGACGAGGAAACGGCCGCUGUCCGCUAUGUGGACUACGGAGACGUGAGCAUGGUCAACAUUCAAAACCUGCAGGUUCUCUGCUCAAAAUUCAGGAACUUGCCCAUGCAAGCCGUCUCUGCUAAAUUGGCCGAUAUUGCGCCCAAGAAUGGGGAUUGGUCCACUGGCGAUAGUCUCUGGUUCAGUGAGCGAGUGGUGAACAAACAGUUCGUGUCCGUGAUCAAAGAGUUGUCUUUGAAAGAAGACGAGGGUCUGAUCGAGAUCAGUGUGUCCCUGGUGGACACCACGCAUCCGACUGACGACAUUUUUAUUGAGAAGGAGCUAAUCGAAAGUGGACGGGCGGUGGCCAGAAUCUAAAGUAUCCGUCACUUUUCAGCUAACAAUUGUUUUGUUACGUCCCCACGCGUUUCCUUGUUUUUGCCCACAAAAUUAUGUGCGACGUUAUGUUGUGUUUUAUAUAUAUAUAUGCUAUGAUGAUACAACGACGAUCGA